AUGGUUGGCCGUGCGCUGUUGGUGUGUGCCCUCUGCGCGCUGUGCUGCGCCGCCGGCGGGGGCUGGGCGGCGGAGGGGGACUACUGCACGGAGCGCGACUGGAGGGACUUGCGGGCCGUCGCGAAGGACAUGAGCGAGGCGGAAAUUGCGGCGAAGUACUGCGGCCGCAAGCCGGAGUUGGUGCGGGGGCUGCGGGCGAGUCUGCAGAGCGGUGGCGAGGCGGAGGCGGGGGGUGCGUCUGGCCCCGGCGGCGGGGGCGGCGGUGUCGAAGGCGUUGCCGACGGCGGCCCCGCACGACCCGCCGAAGCAAAAGUGCGGGAAUAUAAUCCGCAGGCGGAGACGCACAGCGCCGAGGUUUUGGGAGCGGGUGAAGCAACUGGGCCGCCAGGGGGGCCCGGAGGACUGGGCAGGUCACCGUCACGAGAAAAAGAGCUGUCGCCAUUGCCAUCGGGCGAAACGGAAGAGCAACCGCCGUCGGGUGCUUCUACUGGCGGAAAGGCCGCCGAAGGGCAACUUGGGACUUCGCCGGACGGGCCAAGCGACGUUGCGACUCCUCCGGGGCAAAUAAAUACACAGAAAAACCUGCAGGAGCCAACACCGGCACUGCCUUCGACAGGGCCCGAGGCCCAAAAAAGGGAACACGAGGGAAAAGACGAAACAAACUUGCACACGCCUGAAGGAGGUCCACCAAAGAGAGCCGACGCCUCAGCAAAAGAGGACGUGGACGACACGCACAUAACGGAGAACACACCAGGUGGAAAUGACCAAGAAGCAAACGAAAUCGCUCCGUCUCAAUCUCGCGAUGGUGGUGCAGUGACAUCGCUACAAUCAUCCGACAGCUCCGCCGGCACUUCGACAGACGGCAGAGAAGAAGCACCGACGGAAAGACAACCAGAGGGAUCCUCGACACUAACAAAGCCGCCAACGCCGGCGUCAACUGAAGUGCCAGGGGAAGCAGGGAAGGAGACGACAUUGGGGAAGCCUCCUUCGAAAGGGAAGGAUGUCGAGGAGAGUCUGGCCAGUGAUAAUAAAGCUGACGGCGGUGACGAGAAAGCUAAGCCCGAAGAAGCUGUGCCGGCCCCAACUGUCACAAGUAAUACACCGGAUGGAAGGGCAGUGGAUGCAGCCCUACCCACUGCCCAUCCGGGCGGCGGUGGCACUUCAGGCGAACAGGCUGGAAAUAAGGCUGAGGCGAUUGCCGAACUUUCUGCAGGGUCUGUUGCCGCAGCGGCCCCAGGAGCCCAACAGCAAGGUGUAGCUGCCGCUGGCACACCGACGAGCAGCGACAAGGAGCCGCCGCCAAAAGCAGAGGACACCGCCACUGAGGCCAGUCCCGCAGCGAUGACGACUGACGGUGGCAGCGGCAGCACCGCGGCGCAGCCGCAGCCGGCGAGUUCCGUGGUGGCAAACGAAGCAGGCCAGCCACAACAAAAGGAGCAUCCCGCAGUGCCCACCUCCCAAAGUCAAGCGGAAACGAGUGGCGACGGUGAAGGAGAAGCCACUCAGCCGGCAGCGGGGGCGGCUGCUCAAACGGCGGCGAACACCACCAACUCGACGAAUGCAGCGAAGGCGGCGCCCGGCGACAGCGACGGCAGCGGCACCGCGGCCGCGCACUCCGCCUCCCCCCUUGCGCUGCUUCUUCUGCUUGCGUGUGCAGCUGCCGCUGUGAUGCGGGUCGCGUGA